GAGAAUCCAGAUUUGCAUUUUUGACAUUUUCUUUUGGCUAUUAUCAAGGAUGAUUCACUUUGUACUUUUAAUUAGCCGACAAGGGAAAGUUAGGUUGACAAAAUGGUAUUCUCCUCAUUCUCAGAAGGAAAGAACAAAGGUUAUCCGUGAGCUUGGUGGAGUAAUUCUCAGAAGAGGGCCCAAACUCUGUAAUUUUGUGGAUUGGAGAGGAUUUAAAGUUGUUUACAAAAGAUAUGCUAGUCUUUACUUCUGCAUGUGCAUUGACCAGGAUGACAAUGAGUUAGAGGUUCUAGAGAUCAUUCAUCACUUUGUUGAGAUACUUGAUCGAUACUUUGGCAGUGUCUGUGAAUUGGACUUGAUCUUCAACUUCCAUAAGGCCUAUUAUGAAUUGGAUGAACUCUUGCUUGCUGGUGACCUUCAAGAAUCGAGCAAGAAAACUGUUGCACGUUUAAUAGCUGCACAGGAUUAACUGGUGGAGACGGCGAAAGAGCAGACUAGUUCCAUUAGCAACAUAAUUGCACAGGCCACAAAGUAGUUUAUGACCAGAUCCAUUGCGGAUUUGCCAUUUGUGUUCGGGUUGAUUUUGGCGUGUCAUCUGUUCUAAACUCUUUAUUCUUUCUUUCUGAAUUUUAGAACUUAAUUGCCAUGUUUAUGAAUGUAGAUUUUGGGUCUUUGUAGAAUUGAUGUCAUAUAAUCAUGUAUUAUGUA